GUUGCGCGUGAAUCUCAAGGUAAGUAACCUCCGAAACGUUCACCUAGUAGCCUCCGUCUACAAAUAAAUAGAUAAACGAGGUCUAAGUUAGUAAUACUAUACACCACUUGCUAUUAGAUUAGCAAUCUGAAAAGAAAAAAAAUAUACUCGAAGUGUAAUCAUACGAAGUACUAAGGUUUGGUAAAGUUCGGUUUUAUAAAAACAAAAGAAAUCCCUAAACCAAAAUCGUGACUAUAUAUAUUACGAGUAAACAAUCUUACUCCUCCCAUCAUACUGACAAACCCAUAAAGCUAUUCCUUUCUUCCGAUUUUUUUUUUUAAAAAAAACAAAAUUCUUAUGAAAACUACUGUAAGUACAAAUAUAUACACUAAUUGUAUAAAAUAAGGAAGCAAAGUCCAAUUCGUUUUUCUUUUUAAAAGAAUCUAACAACGGAGGAACUAUCAAUUGAAGGUUAAGUCCACCAUUGAAGGGACUAUCAAUUGCUUACCAAGAUGGAGAUGAGUUUCUGAAAUUAAGAUGGUGGUGAAAACAAUGGUUUUGGGUAGAUGCUUUGUGAGUUCAAUAAGCUAGCGUUGGAUGAAGGUGUUAGCCGAGUUGUGCUUGAGAGUGAUUGCUUGGGAGUGGUGGAAGUGAUGCGUGGAGGUGCAAAAGGCGCAAGUUCGUUCCAUCUUAUUGCUGAGGAUAUCUUAGAUUUAUGUUCUCACUUUAUUGAUUUUGUUUGGUCUUUUGUUAAAAAGAGCGGGAAUAGAGUAGCACACAAAUUGACUCAUUUUCAACCUUGAGGAUUCGGUCAAAGAGUGUGGAAUAAUAAUUUCCCGACUCAAAUCUUAGAUGUAGCGAACAAUGAUUUAUUAAUAUAAGUCCUUUUUAAGGGUUGUUUGACUUGUUUCUCAAAAAAAAAAAAAAAAAAAAAAAAAAAAAGUUGUUAGCAACAACGUCCUCCUCGCCUUAUUUUUUUGUCCAGAGAAUCAGAAAGAAAGAGCGAGGAUGGAUUCCGCUGCUCCCACAUUCAAGAUAAUUUUGGGCUCUAAAUCAAAAGCAAGAAGAGAAAUAAUGGUGGAAAUGGGUUAUGAAUUCACAAUUAUGACUGCAGAUAUUGAUGAAAAAGCUAUCCGCAAAGAAAAACCGGAAGAUUUGGUUAUGACCCUUGCUGAGGCGAAGGCUGAUGCCGUCAUCUCAAAGCUUCAAAUUGCUGAUAAACAAGUGAACGAUAAUGAGCCAACGCUUCUCAUUGCGGCUGACACAGCAGAAGCCACAUUAACAAACUCUUCCAAUGGUGAUCUCAGAACUGAUGCUGGACCCACUAUCUUAAUUACAGCCGACCAAGUGGUGGUUUAUGAAGGCAUGAUAAGGGAGAAACCAUCUGGCAAAGAGGAAGCUCGACAGUAUUUAAAAGAUUAUUCUGGCAGGAAGGCUUCAACUGUCAGCUCUGUUCUUGUGACAAACCUUCAGACAGGUUUCAGGAAAGGGGAAUGGGAUAGAGUGGAGAUUGUGUUUGAUGAAAUACCAGAUGAUACUAUUGACAAGCUUAUCGAAGAGGGUGCAGUACUGCAUGUUGCUGGUGCUCUAAUAAUUGAACAUCCUCUCAUAAAACCCUUGGUUAAGCAAGUGGUUGGGACGACCGACAGUGUAAUGGGCCUUCCGAAAGCAGUAACAGAGAGAUUAAUCGCAGAGUCACUGUAGGUCAGAGAUUAAGGCAAUUCGCAAUUUGCAACUGAUGAUAUUGGGUAAUUGGUCCCUUGAUGGCAAAUAUGAUCUUUAUUUAACUUGUGAUUAAGUCAAGAAUAGUUGGUCUCAUUGAUGAAGCAGAACACAGGGCUUAAUGAAUACAGUGUUAAUUUUGGCCAUCUAUUAUGUUGUUAGUUUCAUGGAAACUAUUCUUGGAAAGCAGCCAGAAUACAAAUUUCAAACUAUUAUUGAAUUAUUACUUUAACUUGCCAGCCUUUUUGUUUAUGUAAUAAUGCUUCUUUUCUUGUAGAUUCUAAGUUCUACUCACUCUUUUUAUCCAUUAUUCUAAGCUCUAUUCACUUUCA